AGAGAUUAAGUAAUUAACUAAUGUUGAUAAUUCAUAAGUAUAAUUAUUGGUGAUACAGGUGUCUAGUGCCAUGCAAAUACACUUUUAACUUCAACUGGUUGGCCCAUCGAUGAGGUUCUCAUGUAGAAUUGUAAUUACCAGAUAAACCAAUGAAUAAUAAAGAGAUGUAUUUAACACAGCUGAUUGGUCUAUAAGAUAAUCCCAAGAGGACAUAUAAAUAUGUCUAGCACUAAUGUUAAUCAUUCAGGAUAAAACCAAGAUGGAACGAGGAUUUUUAAACCAUGGAUUAUGUGUUUAAUUGUUGACAGAUGAAGCCAUACUACGUCAUUUAUUUACUUGCGGUAUGUUCUUUGGCAAUAGCUGAUUCAACAAGCUGUUCUUGUGGCCAUUCAUUAAAGAAACAUGACGGGCAAGAAGAUUUCCCAUUUGUAGUAAGAGUUGUUAAUACCAUUACAAAUAAGACCAUGUGCACUGCUGCAAUACUGACAGACAGUCAUCUUGUAACAUCAGUACACUGUAGUCGCUUCAUUGGUAAACAACCAGUGUACGCAGUCGCUGGAGAGGGUUCAGAAAAUGUACAAACUCUAAAGAUCAGCAGAAACCAUCAAGAGCACGCUAUCUACAAUCCGGACAACUCAUUGAAUGACAUUGCUAUUCUUUUCCUUGAAUCACCUCUUAAAUUUAGUGAAACUGUCAUUCCAAUAUGUGUGCCUGAUGGCAGGACUGGUGGUGGAGUUUACAAACUGCUGAAUCAAAAUGUUAAGCUAAUAGGUUGGGAUUUGGAAUCUUCAUCUCUCAAAACAGUUGAUGCCAAAGUAUCUCCAGCAAACCCUUGCAGAAAAGUGUUCCCUAAAUACAUUCCAAAUGUCCUGUUUCCAACACAGAUGUGCACAUUUCAAGAAAAGGGAGCCUGCAUUCAAAAUAUGGGUAGCCCAGUAGUUUACCUGGAUCCUAAAAUAAACAAAUAUGUCUUGGUUGGCAUAGUUUCCUAUGGUAAAUUGGAGUGCAAUUCGAAAUUCCCAACAGUGGAAACUGAUGUGUCGGUUUACUUACGCUGGAUUGAAUAUGUAGUCAAAAGACCACUUUGUCAUAUAGCCUGAACAUAAAAAAAAAAACUUCAAUAGAGAUGUUCUACUGGAAAUUGUCUUUCUUAACUAUAGCCUAGAUCUUAUUGAAUUCCUAAGUAGUCUAUAUUAUAUUAGGAUUUCCCACAAAUUGCUAAUUAAAUAUUACUAAAAAAAUCCAAGUUCUUAAUGCAUCACCAACCAAAAUAAUAAGGACCAAACUAAACUUGAUUCUUGAUAAGCAGAAUUUUAGAAAAAAGAAUCGAAUUGUAAGAGUCUCCUGAAAUACAGUAAACAUUCGAAAAAAACCUUAAAAAAAAAAAAAAAAAGUGUUUGGACUAUAAAAGUAAAGUGUUCUGCUUUAAAACAUAAAGUAAAUAAUUUAUCAAUGCCAAAAUUUCAAUAUAUUUGUAUUAUAUUGAAAUCAAGAAGAAGAUAGGAAAGACAGGAAAAAACAACAACAGUAAAGUGAAUUAUAAAAGUAUAAUUCACUUUACUAUUGUGCCCAAGGGCUUAAACAGAUUAAUCUUGUUUCCAUGCAGUAUAGAAACCAUCUUCUGAACAAUGAUAUCUCCACCAUCUUGGUAAAUAGAAAGAUGUUGUGGCAACCAGGGGUGCUUAUCCCCCCACUCUCCCAAGGUCGAUGGCACAAGAAUUUACCCCUCCCCUCUGCUCCCAAGAUACUUUAUUGCUCAUUUUUCUUAAAAACAGAGCAAGCUAAGGUAAAAUUCGAAAAAUCUUAGAUUGCAUACAAAUACACUUGUUGCAAUCUGUUCCAUGUUUUCUCCUUGUCUUUAAGUCCAAAAAUUCAUAACCCCAUAAUUCGCCUCCCUCAAAAAUUUUGAGGGCAAAACUUGCGCCAUGAAACCCCCUUCUAGGCAUCGCUGGAGGCAGCCAUCUGCCAUUUUCCCAUCAGAACUAGAAACCUAUUCAUUUUUAGCUUGUGAACGUUUUAUUUUAUUUCAUAGCAGGCUCUGAAAAUUAAUCUCCG